AUGAAUACUCAGAGGCGCGCAGAGAAGCGCGCCCUGCCCUUUAUCCCCCCGCCCCCUCGCCCACGGCGCCCCCGGCACCCCCGGCACCACCGGCUGCCCCUACUCACCAACGUCGCGUCUUCCUCCACAAGUCAAAGUUUGCGACCUCUUUCCGCCGAGGAGUCCCAUCGGCACCGACGUCAGCGGCAGCAGAAGCGGUCGCAGCCGCCGCUACCGCCGCGGAAGCAGUAUGAGAAGCAGCAGCAGCAGCAGCAGCAGCAGCAACAGCGCCAGCACGCGAAGGGCGCCUGGGCCAUCAUCGAGCUGGUGCUCACUAACAUGGGCAUCAACCGUCGCCAGCAAUAA